AUGGCUGAAUCGAAACCCCUCGGAAUGGCAGGGCCCACGGAGAAAAGAAGGCGAGGACGACCUCUCGGAAGCACAAAAAACGCCACCGUCCUCUCUCAAAUAGAGUCCCUGCUGAAAAGAACACAACGCGUUCCUGAAAAAAGAGGGCGAGGUAGGCCACGUUUAAUCAGAAUACAAGUGGUGGACACCCCACAGGCCAAAGUGUCGGAGCGCCCAAGAAACGACGCCGCUGAACAUGAGGCGGCCUCAGGGAACACGUCUGUAAAGAUCUCAAGGAGAGAGGGCCUCAUGAGGCCACGGGAAUCGGCAGAUGUGAUGAUGUCGGAGAAAAGUGCGAGACCUCAUCCGUUUUUACCAGAAAAGGCUUUGAACAUACCAGUUGCGUCUCAGGUUCCAAUUUAUAAACCCAAUCUAAAGAAAAAGUACAUGAAUGAAAAAGGGAAGAACCCAAGGCAAAACAUACUGGUUAACAAUAAACUCCAGGCUUCCUUGGUAGAGCUUAUUGGCACAAAAAGAGGACGGGGAAGACCCAGAAAAGACACUACAAGUACAGGGAUGACGAGCGGCAAAACACAAAAUAAAAUGAAGCCUGCGGGGUUAGCUUCAGUAGCAAUAGUCAUGCUGUGA